UACAUUCGGUGGACCGUCCUCCUUCAGUGUUAUUCCUGCUCUGGAUAAUGUAGAGCCCUACCCUCGAGGCUCGCUCACUCGUCCCAUGCCCUUUGGAAUGGAGCUGUGUCUUGCUGCCUCCUGUUGUUCUACAAGCGUCAGAGGAGCUUCUCUUUCCACUUCUCAUUCUUCUGCUCGCUUCAUCUUUUGUGAAACAUCAUUUUUGCCUCUCUCCUCUCGGAUACCUUUCCAAGCUUGUGCUGCCCAAGCUAGAACAAAACUCUCAUCUCCCGAGGGAAAACACAGGGCUGUCAUCUCCAAAACACGGAGACCGGCUGAAGUUGAAGAUGAUGAAGAAGUGGAAGGGGCUGUGGAUGAGGAACUGGAACAGUUGUCUUUCAAUUCGUCUUCCUCCUCGCUCUUUCUGAACGGGAAGCCUGAUAGGAACCCUGCAUUGCUUGAUGAUUAUGUGCUCCAAGAGCUCGAUUCUGAUCGUUCCAAUAGUCAAUCCCAUCGCAGUGGUUAUGUAGCUGUUUUAGGUAAACCAAAUGUAGGAAAGAGUACUCUUUCAAACCAAAUGAUUGGACAGAAACUCUCCAUUGUCACAGAUAAACCUCAAACUACACGGCAUCGAAUCCUUGGUAUUUGUUCAGACACUGAUUAUCAGAUAGUACUUUACGAUACACCUGGUGUCAUUGAGAAGAAAAUGCACAAAUUAGAUUCUUUGAUGAUGAAAAAUGUUCGCACUGCUGCAAUUAAUGCAGAUUGUGUGCUUGUUGUUCUUGAUGCUUGUAAAAUUCCCAAGAAGGUUGAUGAGAUUUUUGAGGAAGGUAUGGGUGCUUUUAAAGACCAAGUUCCUAUACUUUUAGUGUUGAAUAAGAAGGAUCUAAUUAAACCUGGAGAGAUUGCAAAGAGGCUUGAGUGGUAUGAGAAAUUCUCAUUAGCUGAUGACAUCAUACCUGUGAGUGCAAAAUAUGGACAUGGAGUGGAUGAUGUAAAGGAUUGGAUCUUAUCAAAACUUCCCUUGGGUCCGGCUUAUUAUCCCAAG